AUGGAAGUUCCUACUGUAGUUCUUACAAUAGAGUCUACAGAGCCUGCAAAGGAGGGGCCUGCAAAUCCUACAAGAGUAUCUACAGUGCCUACGAUAGUCCCUAUGGAGUCUACAACAGAACCUAUGGAGCAUAGAACAGUACCUACGGCGCCUACACCAGUCUCUACAGUGCCUACAGAACAACCUACACCAGUCGAAUAUAUUCGAAGUCCUAGAGCAGAAACAUAUCUGACUCAAGAUGGAACUAGGGAAUGGAUUCCAUAUUGUGUUGAAGAUAAGAAACCACGUGAAGGAAUGGUAUUCAAAACUUUAGAAAAGGCUAUCGAAUUUUAUAAGGAGUAUGCUGUAAUAUGUGGUUUUGACGUUCGUUCAUCUACGGUAUACAAGAAUAGCAAAGGUAUCGUUCAAAAGUAUUAUCUUUGUAGUAGAGAAGGUAUCUUAGAAUCCGAAGGUAAUUAUGAUGAAAAAGGGAAGCGACGCCGUAAAAGAAACUCAAAGAGAGUUGGUUGCAAGGCUAGAAUCAUUUGGAAUCUUAUCAAUGAAGAUGGAGAAUACAAAGUUACCAAAUUUUUUGAGCCUCAUAACCAUUGCCUAGCCUCUCCUACAUCCAUGCCAUAUUUGAGAAGUUCAAGGAAAAUGACGAUGGUUCACAAGAAUUUUGUGAAUAAUAAUACAAGAAUGAACAUUGGACCAACGAAAUCUUUUCGGCUAUUUAAGGAAAAUGUAGGUAGUUACGACAAUGUUGGAGCCACAAUGAAAGACUUUAUGAACUUUCAUAGAGAUUUGAAGGAGCACAUCAAGGGUGAUGAUGCUAAGAUGUUAAUUGAGAAUUUUAUACGAAAAAGAGAUGUUUUCAAUGGGUUCUACUUUGAUUAUGCCCUAGAUGAACAUGAUCAUGUUUCCCAUCUGUUUUGGGCGGAUGCAACUAGCCGUAAAAAUUAUUCAUUGUUUGGAGAGAUGAUAUCCUUUGAUUGCACCUACGACUCCAACACAUACUCAAUGGUUUUAGCUCCUUUCACCGGAGUAGACCAUCACAAGUCUUGCAUAAAAUUUGGGGUUGGUUUACUUUCUAAAGAAGAUGCUCAAUCAUUUGAAUGGCUUUUUAGGACUUUCCUUAAUGCUAUGGGAAAUUGUGAGCCUAGAUAUUUGAUAACCGAUCAAGAUCCGGCAAUGAAAGUUGCCAUAAAUGAGGUGUUUGUUAACACUCGCCACCGACUUUGUUUGUGGCAUAUAAUGAAAAAAGUUCCUGAAAAAGUAGGCCCUGAGCUCAAACAAGAUGAAGAUUUUCUUAAGUUGUUAAAUGAGUGUGUGUGGGACAUGGAACAAGAAUCCGAGGAAUUUGAAGCUACUUGGAACUCGCUUAUGGUUCAAUAUAACCUUGUGGAGAAUGGUUGGUUCCAACAUAUGUUUUCAAUAAGAGAACAUUGGAUACCAUGCUACUUUAGAGAUCUCAGGUUAGGAGGCAUUUUAAGAACUACCUCUAGAUCAGAAAGUGAGAAUAGUUUUUUCAAUAAUUUCACCAAUCCGCAUGUGACACUUGUAGAAUUCUGCAUGCGUUUUGAAAGUGCAAUGGAUGCACAAAGGCACAAGCAAGAUAAGCUAAAUACAGAAUCCAUUCACUCUGUUCCUCAAUUUAUAACUCCAUUGCCUUUGGAGAAACAUGCAGCUGAGGUGUAUACCAGAAAAUUUUUCUACAUGUUCCAGGAUGAGGUGUACAAGGCUUGUUUCAGAUGUGGGAUUAGUUCUAUUAGAAUGGAAGAAAAUAUUGAAAUCGCACAAGUCAUGGACCAUUCUCGACAGAAAACAAGUAAGAUUGGGGGUUUUAUGUAA